AUGGCGCAUUCUGUGAACUGCUCUGUUUUAGGGGCAUUAUGUUCUGUGACUACUGUCAUUUUAUUAGAAGCGGAGCUGAGGACGUUCUUUAUGGACAUAUGUUUAUACAGUGUUCCCUACGAACAAUCUGAUGAUCGGUAUGUUAUGACUCACGAUUCAGAUUAUAAGUGGUCAGUUUUGUUCAUUCUUGUGAUUCAGACGAUCGGGGUGGUAGUAGGUACACCUGGGCCAGUUUUUAGAUGGUUCAUUGCCACAAAAUUCCAGUGUUCAGUAAAAAAAGGCAAGAGUAGCAAAACUGAGUGGAAGACGGAGUAUUACUGGAUCAGAACGUUUGUAGGGUGGAGAGAGAGGCCUUUAGCUUUACGCCUCUGGAGCCAAAAUUGUAGAAAACUUGUUCAUAACACAAAGAAUCGAAUUCUGAACUUCUGUAUUGGAGUUCAGAUUGUGAUCGUCACGGCUAGCAAAUUAGGAUCAGAAUCGGAACCUGGUGCCCAACUGGAUCUUAGCCGUUUUGUUCUGUAUCUUGACGGUGAGGCGGAACUGACCCCACAGAUCUUGAACAACAUCAGGAAUGCUACAGAUCAUUUGAUACAGAUAGGUAAAAAGCAGCAGCCUAAAUAUCUUAAAGACCUUUUAGGGAAAUCUACCGGUUUCGAAGGGGUGGCAAAGUUUGAUAACGACCAAAUUCCAUCUCUGAAUUUUGAAGAACCACCCAACUCUUGGACUCUGCCUUUGGUUACACUAGCAAGCAUUGCCAUUGCACUUCCUAACAUUGAAAAACAGAAGAUGAAGCAGUUGCACAAAAGCAUAAGUGAAGGCCUCUUGUAUGUCAGCCUUGUAGAAAAAAUCCUUGAUUCCAAAGCUGACUUGGUAAACAUUAGAAAGAAAGCAAAUAGAGUGUGGGAAGAAGUUGAUUUCUUCCGCAAAUGGCUUGAUCAAGAUCUCCAAAAUAUCGCUGUUGAAGGAAAAACCACAAAGGAGACUCUGGAGAGACUUGUUAACAUAGCUAAAACUAUUGUCAUGGAAUAUAAGGCAGGGAUGAAUGGGCAGGAGAACCCAUUGAACUGGCCCAUGGAGGUUAUUGCUGCUAAUUCAAUGUACAGAAUCGACCAAACUUUGCUGCUAGACCAUGAAGGCAGUGAAUACCAAAUGGAUCAUGAAACACUAUUUGAGCAAUUAUCUGUUAUGGUCGCGGAUAUAUUGGGUGCUUGUCUUACCAACUUACCGCGUGUUAUAACUACGGAAUGCUUUUGCAGUGCCAUAAAAGAGAGGGAGAAAAGUGUCAAACAUGCAGCUCGUCUUCUUGGUGAAACUGAAGAGAUUCUCGAUAUCCUUCAACAGCGUGAACUUCCUACUCUAAAUCCUGAUCAAGCAGCUAAUAUCAAUGAGUGGCGUGCUUCGAUGAAGAAAGAAGAUCCCUUGGCCUUUACUUCUUCAUCCAACAAUGGUGCAUCUUCUUUUGGUUCUAGCAAGUCUAUUGAGUAG